UUGAUCCUAUGUGGGAAUGUCCCUGGUUUGCGUCAUAUGUUUAUUGUGUUACAGAAGAUCGGUCGGAUGUGUCGCUGAACAACGCAUCUAGAGGAAGACGGAGUAUCUGAAAAAAAGGACGAUUGGGUCUGCGUCAUUAUUGGUGCUCGAUAUAUUAUCGGCAUUGCUGAGUGAGUGGAAGGCCAUCCAGUAAUUGUCGCAGCCAACGCGGCCGAACUCGCAGGAUCGAUUUAAUCUGAUGAACACUAAGUUUUGUGACUGGAAUAUAUCGCAAAAUGUCGUUGAACAAGAUUGUUCCCAACGAACGCGGCGAGGACAGUGACUUAGCCAUUAACCUGAAAGCGAUAAAGGUCGCAACCGGGAAUAUCGCGAGAAAGGCUAAGGUGGCAUGUGAUUUAGCUAAUAAAAAGAAUGCCUUGGGGGAGAUAGUAGACGGUACGUAUGCUGGCAUGGAAUACGGAGACUUCGAGUUCUGGUUUGACAUUAUCCGCACGGACGACGCGAAGGCAGCAAGGGAGGUGUUGGAUGGUUGUGACGAGAGCGAAAUGACUGUCCUCAUGAACGCGCCAUUUGUCUACGAUGAUUUGGACCACGGGCAUUUUGGUUUGUCCUUCAAGGAGAGAUCGAGUCUUAUUCUGUUCCACAAGCCCACAAGCAUCGCUGUCAUCAACAGGAGUAGAAAGGUGUUGAAAUUGAUGACCGAAAAUGGCGUCCUUCAUAUGUCUCGCGACACUGGUGGGAACAACAUCUUUCACGUCAUGGCGACUGUCGCUCAUACGUUUCCCGAGCACGAGGAUGAGAUUUCAGAAAUGUACACUGAUCUAGUGAGGCAAAUCGACAGUCUAACGAUCAUAAAACAUCUACUCUCCCAGGAAAAUAAAGAUGGGUUUCGCCCGCUCGAGCUGGCAGCGCAUUACGAUGUCUACGCCCUCAUGAUUGAAAUAUUCGAAACGGAAGGCGUCUACAAGUUUAGCACGUACGGUCUGACGCCUGUCCCGCUUGUCCGGUACGAUGUUACCGAGUAUGAGUCCUGGAACGGAGGGCGACGCCGCAAAUCUCCUCUCAGGUCCUUGGUCUACCUGACGCAGCCUAACAUGCGGAAAGCCAGCUGUGACAGGCUCUUCAGGUACCCUUUGAUUGAGAUGUGGGUCAACAAGAAGUUCCGCAACUAUCUCUGGAUGAUCAUCAUCUGGUUCCUCCUGCGGACCAUCUUCCUUGGCAGCUUUCUCGACUCGGGUUUCGAGAAGCACAUCUUCUACAAGAAGGAACAUAUCCUGGAUGAGACCUGCCCAAACAAAUCAUCUGUAGUCAUGAAAAUCCUUUCGCAAGGUUCUCGGACGUCGGACUCGGGAUUCAGUCUCUGGUACUUCAUAGUUUACGCGCUCGCUGUCCUUGGGGUGGACGUCCUGGAGAUAUUCGCGCUGUUCACAUUCAGGAGGACACCGAAACAGGGAAACGCGCUGAGGUUCUGGACACGCUGUUCCUUCACCUUCUACACGAGAGUGUCAGUUGGCGUGGCCUGUUUUGUCGGCCUCAUGGAUGUCUUCGUCAUCAACUUCGGACUCAAAUACAUAUCGAACGACGUCGCAGAAGGAAUCACAAUCGUCGCAACCACCGCGUACAUCUUCGCCGUCAUGGCUUUGGUGUGGUCACACCUCUUCUUCCUUCAACUCGUACCAAAGAUCGGUCAUUUCUUGAUCGGCUUCCAGUGGAUGUUACUAGCCUUCAUUAGCUUUCUCGUCGUGUUUCUCUACAUCUUUGGCUCCCUCAGCAUCGCAUUCAACAAACUCUACUACCUGUCUUGUAUAGAUCAGGGUUUCGCUGAUUUCGGAACAUCACUUUAUUCAACAUUUUUGGUCAUGUUGAAUAUGAAAAACUUCUUGGUCUUUGAGCCGGACGUUGCGAUUCUUCACGCUGUCUUUGUCUUCAUCAUUGCGCUGCUCCUUCUGAAUUUCUUGAUUGCUAUUUUGACGGACACCCAGGCCACCGUCACCAAGCACAUCGCGACGAUCGAGUCCGUACAGGUCUUGGAUAUGGUUCUGACCUUGGAGGACAGAUUCGGAUGGUUCUACAAUCUGGUUUGGAAAAGGGAGGCGCAAUUUGUCUUUACGUUAAAGGAGACCAUCAUCAGGGGCGAUGGUGGGUCCUUCGUAAAUCCAUGCAUAGCUAUUUGCGCUUCGCUCAGGAGCAAAAUCAUGCGAACCAACGAUGAAAGUAGGCCAACUAUCGUUCGCAAGCAAGAAAAUACUGGAGAGACUGAGGUAUGUUAAGGGCCGCCGUUCGGAUUCAUUGUAUCCUCAGGCGGUUAGAAAUAAACAAUGCCGUAGUGCAGUUAUUAUGCACCCAAAUUCGAUGAAACUUGGCAUAUAUAGAAUUGUGUAAUCUACACAUCACGGCAUUGUUGAAAGUCAUAUUCAGGGCGUUUGUAUUUUUUUGAUUAAAAUUCAAUUUUCAAUUUUGUGAACGA